AUGCGUUCCUCUGUAAGCAUCAAGGGUGCAAGACAGCUGAGCCGCAGUAGCCAGCUCUUUCCGCCUCCCAAAGCGCCACACACAAGGGUCCCUUCCAUGUCGAGCUCACCCGCCGAGGCAGGCUCCCGGCGCUUGUACGAAUAUGAGCCCUUCCAGGACGGGCGCAGCAUUCGCAUACUGACGCUCCACCCGGCGCAAAGCCAGGAGGAGCCUCUCCGCGGCGACCUAAGCACAGAGCCGCUGGACGGCCCGGCCCCAGCGCCUGAAAUUGACUUUGAGGCCGUCUCGUACGUAUGGGGCAGCCGCAAGCGCGUGCAGCAGCUGAACUGCGGGGACGGCCGGCUGCUGCCCGUCACGCAGAGCAUCUACGACGCGCUGCAGCGGCUGCGGCUGCCGGACCGCCCGCGGAGGCUCUGGGCGGACCAGGUCUGCAUCAACCAGGAGGAUGUCGAGGAGCGCGGCCAGCAGGUCAACCUGAUGAACAAUGUGUACAGGAGCGCGCGGCAGGUGCUGGUCUGGCUGGGGGGCGACAAGGAGGGAAAAGCAAAAGAUGCUGUGAAAAUGGUGGAGCAUUUGCAAGAGGUCUUUGCGAACGAAGAAGCUCGUGAGGAAUUUCGCAAGGCGCACUCUGAUAACCUGCAUCUGCAAGAUAUGGCGCCGUGGAAACCAUUCGCAAAGCUAGCCAUGCUCCCAUGGUUCAACAGAAUAUGGAUUGUGCAAGAAAUUGGCACUAAAACACCAGCUACCCUCUUCUGGGGCGAUGCUGAAGUUAGUUGGGACGUGCUGUCCGCCGUCGUCGCGGUGCUCAACGAGCGCUAUCACCAUCUACGUGCGCGCUUUGCCGUCAUGACGCCGAAUAUUCGAUAUCUGCACCGCCGCUUCGUGGAGCCCGAGGAAGUGAUUGUCAACCAGCGCCAUCGACGGGGUAAUUUCGUCUACGAACUCCAUCGCGCACGGCAUAUGCUGGCGGAGGAUCCUCGCGAUCGCGUCUUUGCCUUUCUUGGCCACUUUUCUUUGUACAAGGAUAGCACACCGCCGGGCCUGCGGGAGCUGGUGGCAGACUACCAACGUUCCGUAGAGGACGUGUAUUGCGAUGUGGCUAUGCGUGGUCUGGAAGGCGCCGAGUCGCUCAUUAUGCUGUCGGCGACGCACUACGGCGGCGAGAUAUCGCGAAGUCGACAAAAUUCCAUCCUGACCAAUGCCGAUGGCGCUAUGCCUUCUGCGCUGUCGUUCAAACUAAAUAGUCUACCGUCAUGGGUUCCCGAUUGGCGCCAAAGAGCGCACCAUUUAUUUGGCUCGCCAGAUACACCACAUCGAGCGGCCGGCGACACAAAGCCGCAGCUCUCCAUUGACAGGAGCGCAUUGACCCUCAACAUCACUGGAAAGCAUAUGGAUACGAUCAAGCUCGUCUCUUGGGUGAUACGAGGAGACAGCUUUCAUGUCCGCGGACAGCGUGAAGAUGCCACCCAUCCCAUGGUGGCUCUCUGGCAGAGAAUAUGCCGCCAAAGGUCUCCGAUGCAUCUUUCCGCCACGUCGCCGACUGGGAGGCACUACCCAACCGGGGAACCACCAUUCUUAGCUUUGGCGCAGUGCCUGACAAAUGCUGGCAUUGGCAUGACCCGUGCCCGCGAGCACUCUACAAUCCCCGACUCUGAGCAUUUGGCCAACGCCACAGCAUACCUUGGUCGAACAGCGCGCCGCUUGGACCCCAUGGUGUCGGACGAGAUUCGAGAUCUCGGUCGUGACGGCGGAGGUGAUGCCUUUAAAUGGUCGCAUGAAGCGUCCCUGAUAUCUAGGCAUAGGCGUCUGGGCCUCUCAGCGCAAGGCUAUUUUGUCCUCGGCCCGGACAGCAUGGAGCCGGGAGACACCGUGGUUGUGCUCUAUGGCGGGACGGCGCCGUUUGUACUGCGACGGAGAGGACCGCGUAGUGAAGAUGGCUGGAUAUUGGUUGGAGAGUGUUACGCGCAUGGCAUGAUGAAUGGCGAGGCUUUGACUAGGAAAGGCGCCGUGGAGGAGACGUUUACGAUACAUUGA